AUGGGUCGUGAUGGUAGUGGCAACGUACUUGCACCAAAUUUGACACUAAAACUUAAUGCGCUGCUUCAAAAUUUUCCUCUGUCACAAAGAAAAGACGAACAGACUCAAGUAACGUUUCUUAUCCUCAGAAAUAUAUCCAACUUACGUCAAGUUUAUCACUUUUACUGCACACUUGGACAUAAUCGAGUGCAGAGCACAAAAUCAGAAAUGACACGUCUUCAGUUUUGGCGAUUUGUUAAAGACAGUCACAUACAUCAUUAUGGAUUAUCUUUACCAGAAAUGGACAGGAUAAUCGCAGCUUGCCUUGAAAAGGGUUCUGUCCACCAACCAACUGAGAGACUUUCAUUAUCAGACUUUUUAAGUGCUAUUACUAUUCUAAGUUUUGCUAUGUUUCGAGAUAAAAUCAGAAAUAAUACUAACCGCCCAACGAAUAGUAAAACAAAAAAAGAUAAAUCAAAAUCUUCUGGACCUUCUAGUGGUUCAUUUAGAUCCCAGUCAUAUAUCUUGCCUCAAUGCUUACAAAUGCUCAUGUCUGAACAUAUCAUGAAAUAUUCCGGUCGAGUGAAGGGUGGUUUUUUAUUCGACCCACGUAGGACAAUUAAUGCAUUAGCAUAUAUGGAAGGAAGUUGGAAAAUUUAUAGAUCACUGUGCGAACAACAGACACGUGAGCCAACUCUCAGAAUGAGAAAACUUUUAUUGGCAUUGAAAGACUUCCAAAUAAUUGGCCCACGUCUUUCAGCUGAUGCAUUCUUAAAAAUUCUCGCAUCAGACAAUCCAAGCGUAGUGCAAGGUGGUGUCUAUAACCUUGAAAUAGAAAUGACAUUUCUUGAAUAUUUUGAAGCCCUAUUAGCAAGUGCAGUUUUAUUUGUAGAUGAAGAAAUGAUGAAACAACCUGCUUCUUUUCAAGCUCCAAAGGUUCGUCGAAAGUUUAACAGCGGGCCUAGCAGUGCAAAGAGUUCAUUGGGACAUUCUCGACCAGGAUCUGCUUAUGCGAGGCACACGAGCGCUAGAAGUUCUAAAACAGUAUCGUCACAACCAGCCACAAUCACCAGUAUAGAUGAAGAUGAUAUGAAUUCUGAAUUAGCAACAAUUAAAUCAGAUGCAGAAUCAGUAAAAGAAAAUGACAUGGAAGAAAAGAUGGACACAACAAUGUCCAAGCUGGAAGAACUUGGAAUUGAGGAUCCCACUGGACGACCAAGUAUUCGACGAACCUCUUCAUCCUCGAGUAUAGAUCUUUCAUCUAUGUUUGAUGACAUGGAUGAGGAUGGAGAAGAAAUGGCAAUGGCGAGUCCAAAAAGUAAAGGAAGUUCGCCUGAAGUUAUCACUAAAGAAAUGGAAGAAAAAGAGAAGCAAUUUAAUGUAUGGUCUUUGAAAUUGCGUAUUUUCUUUACAAGGCAUCUGUUUCCUGCCUGGCAAAGACUUGAACUUCUAAGAAUUGAAGCUGCAAGACACAGGGGAAGAAGACUUGCAUCAUGA